CCAUAUUGGUUUCUAGUACCGCCGGAUAGCGCUUCUCUUUCUACGGAACCGGGAGACGGCAAAUUGUUGGCGAGCUGUGACUGCCGUUGCCAGAUUACUUCACCUGGAUACGCUGCCUUCGUGUUGUUAGCAGGGUGACAAGCAUCGUUCGAAUGUGCCCCGCUGAACACCGACGCUAGACCGUGGCUUUGACAACGGCCAUGCCAGUUCGUAAACAAGGUGAAGCACAUCGGGCUUUGGAGCUGCUCGAAGAGUAUCACAGCCGGUUAAACAAGCCUCAGGACAAGCAGCUACGUUCGGCCAUUGAGCGAGUGAUUCGCAUAUUCAAGAGUCGUCUGUUCCAAGCGUUGCUAGAUAUUCAAGAAUUCUACGAGAUCACCCUCCUGGAUGACAGCAAGAGCAUUCAGCAGAAGACGGCGGAAACGCUCCAGAUUGCGUGCAAGUGGGAGAACAGUCCUCCAAUCACGGGCUCCUUUCAGCAUUGCGAGAAGUACCGCUACCCGGAAGAGGAGGAAGACUCGCCGAGGAAGGGUAGCCGGCGCGGAAUCCCUCUGGACUCUGUACUGCUUGCCAAGAAGCUCGAAUAUUUUGAGGCGCAGACCCCACUGCUGGGCGGAGGCGGCGGCGGCGUUGGCGGCGACCAUCACUACCAAGCAAAUGGGGAAGACGGAUGGGAGUUCCAAGAGAUCACACUGGAACGAUCAUUUCAGGGAGGGGCAGGGCUGGGCUUCAGCAUUGCUGGCGGAACAGACAACCCUCACAUUGGGGAAGACCCCAGCAUCUUCAUCACCAAGCUCAUUCCAGGAGGAGCAGCCGCUGCCGAUGGAAGGCUACAGGUGAACGACGUCAUUCUUCGAGUGAACGAUGCCGACCUGAUUGACGUACCACAUUCCGUAGCGGUUGAUGCAUUGAAGAGGGCGGGAAAUGCGGUCAACCUGUUGGUGAAGCGGCGCCACUUUCCACUGCACACUCAAGUGGUGGAGAUGGAACUUCUUAAGGGAAACAAAGGCUUGGGCUUCAGCAUUGCUGGAGGAAUCGGCAACCAGCACGUGCCGGGAGAUGAUGGCAUCUACGUCACCAAGGUUAUGGAAGGUGGCGCAGCACAUCUCGACCGGCGCCUCGAAGUUGGAGACAAGCUCAUAGCGGUAGGGGACACAAACCUAGAGAACGUGACGCAUGAAGAGGCAGUGGCCACACUCAAGAACACGGGUGAUCAUGUUGUGCUCACUGUGGUGAAGAGCCAACCGUUCUCGAACCACUCUCUGCCGCCUCCGCCUCCGCCUCCUGUCCAAGAAGCACUAAAUAUCUCACUAGGGGAAUACCAUAGCGAUACCAAUUUAAGUACUUCCAAAGCGCCGAGCGAUGAAGACAUCACCAGGGAAGCACGCAAGGUUGUUCUCAGCAAAGGGCCUACGGGACUAGGUUUCAACAUUGUGGGUGGCGAAGACGGCGAGGGUAUCUUCAUCUCUUUCAUACUGGCGGGGGGGCCGGCGGACGCCAGCGGGGAACUCAAGCGAGGAGACCAAAUAGUUUCUGUGAACGGGGUGGACCUCCGACACGCGACCCACGAGCAAGCAGCCGCCGCCCUCAAGGGGGCGGGUCACACGGUCACCAUGGUUGUACAGUACAGACCUCAGGAGUACAACAGGUUUGAAGCCAAAAUUCAUGACCUGAGGGAACAGAUGUUGAACACGACGGGUAGCUUGCGGACGUCACAGAAGCGUUCUCUCUACGUGAGGGCGCUUUUUGAGUACGAGCCGGGGAGGGACAGUGGCCUUCCCAGUCGGGGUCUUCCUUUCCACUUUGGCGACAUUCUGCACGUGAUCAAUGCAAGCGACGAUGAAUGGUGGCAGGCACGUAAGAUUCUUCCGGACGGCCAGGAGGACUUCCUCGGCAUUAUCCCCAGCAAGAGGAGGGUGGAAAGGAGAGAGAGGGCGCGGCUAAAGUCAGUCAAGUUUCAAGGAAAGAGCAGCUAUAGUGAUGGAAAGAGCACGUUAGAACGCAAAAAGAAGAACUUUUCCUUCUCCAGAAAGUUUCCUUUCAUGAAGAGCAAAGACAACAGUACAGAAGAUGGCGGAGGCAGCGACAUUGAAAGAGACGGAUCUCCGACCAAGGAUACAGCAAACACGUCCUAUGCGAGUGAUAGCGAAGCCAGCAGCACGAGAGGUGUGGACGAUCCUGUACUUUCCUACGAAGCAGUUGUCCAACAAGAGGUUUCGUACAGUAGGCCCAUCAUCAUCCUUGGUCCCUUGAAGGACAGAAUCAACGACGACCUCAUUUCGGAGUACCCGGAAAAAUUUGGCUCUUGUGUGCCACACACAACGAGGCCAAAGCGGGACUACGAGGUGGACGGUAGAGACUACCAUUUUGUUGCCUCAAGGGAACAGAUGGAGAGGGACAUUCAGAACCACCUCUUUAUCGAGGCGGGACAGUACAAUGACAACCUCUAUGGAACCAGUGUGGCAUCAGUCAGGGAAGUGGCCGAGAAGGGCAAGCACUGUAUCUUGGAUGUCAGCGGGAAUGCCAUAAAGCGGCUGCAGGUCGCCGGACUGGAACCAAUCGCUAUUUUCAUUAAGCCCAAGUCGGUGGAGUCCAUCAUGGAAAUGAACAAGAGGAUAACGGAAGAGCAGGCAAGGAAAACGUUCGAGAGGGCCGCCAAGCUAGAACAGGAAUUUGCGGAAUACUUCACAGGAGUCAUCCAGGGUGACACGCCGGAAGAGAUCUACAGCAAAGUGAAGGACGUAAUUGACGACAACGCUGGCCCCAACAUUUGGGUUGCCGCCAAGGAAAAGCUCUGAGGGAUUCCUGUGCACAGAACUGUUGCUCACACACCCUUUUUAGUUGUACAUAAUGUGCGUGCCUGGUGCAGUGAACUGCGGUUUUUUACCCCCUGGUGUUAAACAGGAAUUCGACGAGUAUCUCUUCACUUAAAAGGAUACGUUGCAACCACAAAAAAAUGCCCCACAUCGACAGCCACGGGAAGAAGCUGCACUUUUUUGCGGACUUUCAUCAUCACAACAAAGCACUACAGAAGAAAGGCCUACACACACGUACCAUGAAAUGCCUUCCUAUUUUUUUGGAUCCGAAUGUCGAGAGUAGCAAAGCAACCGAGAAUUGGACUGUCGGAGAAGCGAAAAGUUAAGUUUCUAAUUGAUCUUGUGGGGUACAGCUUGGUAUAGCCCUAGUUGUCUGUACAGUUUGGGUACCAUCGUUAAUUAUAUAUGUAGAUCUCUCUUUGUGCAGUGAGCAACUCCUAGUGCAACAAACUACAUCAUCAGUUUGUAUGUACAGUCAAAAAAUACCUUAUCCUGUCACAUCUUACGCAUCUAACAUUGUGCUGCAUUGCACGUAUGUGUAGGCCUUACAGCAAAGACUUGCUCUGUGGGCAAACCCAGGCAACAGAGACAGUCCCUGGCAAAAAUUGCAGGUGGCAUCUAGAAUGAAACGUAGGUUUUAUUGCUAAAGGUGCUAGCCCAUUCAAGGUGGAAUGUUGUCGGGGGACGAAAUUAAAACAGGCAUCUUUCCUAAUUAAGUGCCACAUUUUUGUUUUUUAUAGUAUUACGAUAGUUUCUUAGGUUUCUGGACACCGCACAUCCGUUCGUACACAUUGCACAUUUUCUUCAAAGUUACCACGCAGAAGUGUGCCCCCCCUCCCCACCCCCCUGGAGAAGAUCUGAGAUUUAUAUAAAUUAUAUAUGUAUGUAUGCAUACAAAAUAAAUUUAUGGACAUUACUGGUUA